CCCCCCGCCCCAAAUGAGCGCGGCCCCCGGCGGGCCCCGGCCGAGGACCCCGCCGAGCCGCGGAGCAGCGCCCUCGCCCCGGCCGCCCCCCGCCGACCCGCAGCGCCAAGCCGGCCGGCUGCCCAUCCGCGUCCUGAAGAUGCUUAGCGCGCACGGCGGGCACCUCCUGCACCCCGAGUACCUCCAGCCGCUCUCCUCCACGCCCGUCAGCCCCAUCGAGCUGGACGCCAAGAAGAGCCCGCUGGCACUGCUGGCCCAGACCUGCUCGCAGAUCGGCAAACCCGACCCGCCACCCUCGUCCAAGCUGAACGCCGUGGCCUCCGCCGGGCUGCCCGCCACCGAGAAGGAGCCCACCGCUCGCCCCACCGCCCUGAAGCCCCCCGGCAGCGGGGACACCCCGACCGAGGACAAGUCCAGCUUCAAACCCUACUCGAAAGGCAGCGGGGAGCCCCGAAAGGAGGGUGGCACGGACAAAGCCGGCUUUCGUGUGCCCAGCGCCGCUUGCCCGCCGUUCCCUCCGCACGCCGCCGCCUCGCCUGGCAGCUCUCGGGGCGCCUCGCCGCAGCACGCCGACCCCAAGGGUGCUGAGGAGAAGAAGGAGCCCGAGGGGGGCAAACCGAGCCCCGAGGGAACGGGCGGGGGGCUGGGGCGCGGGGCGGCGGAGCCUGGGGCGCAUGGCGAGCCCCCUUCGGGGCGCAAAUCAGAGCCCCCCGCCUUGCCGCCCGCCGGCCAUGUGGCCCCCGUCUCGCCCUACAAGCCCGGCCACUCUGUCUUUCCGCUGCCUCCCUCCAGCAUCGGCUACCACGGCUCCAUCGUCGGCGCCUACGCCGGUUAUCCAUCCCAGUUCGUGCCCGGGCUGGAUCCCACCAAACCGGGCUUGGUGGGCAGCCAGCUGCCAGGGGCGCUGGGGCUGCCGGGGAAGCCGCCCAGCUCCAGCCCGCUCACCGGAGCCUCGCCGCCAUCCUUCAUGCAGGGAUUAUGCCGGGACCCGUAUUGCCUGAGCUACCACAGCGCCUCGCACCUGGGCUCCAGCAACUGCUCCAGCUGCGUGCACGAUCCCGGCAGCCUGAAGAGCGGAUACCCUUUGGUGUACCCCACGCACCCCCUGCACUCGGUGCACACCACGCUCUCCUCCGGCGGCACCCCCAGCCUGCCGGGCCACCCCCUCUACACCUACGGCUUCAUGCUGCAGAACGACCCCCUGCCCCACAUAUGCAACUGGGUGUCUGCCAGCGGACCCUGCGACAAGAGGUUUGCCACCUCGGAGGAGCUGCUCACCCACCUACGGACCCACACGGCUUUACCGGGGGCGGAAAAACUCUUGGCGGGUUACCCUACCUCCGGGCUGGGCUCCGCAGCCUCCUGCCACCUCCACCUCCCGCCCGCCGCCCCCGGGAGCCCCAACACGUUACCGGCCUCCCUUUCCUUGAGGAGCCCACACACUUUGGGACUAAACAGGUACCAUCCCUACGGGAAGAGCCAUUUGCCCACAGCCGGCGCCCUGCCCGUGCCCUCCUUGCCGGCCGCUGGACCUUACUACUCUCCGUACGCGCUCUACGGCCAAAGACUAACGUCAGCUUCUGCACUGGGAUAUCAGUAACUACGGCAGCCCCUUCCCCUGCUCCGGCCUCUCCGCGCCCCUCGCUCCCUCCUUGGACUGUGUAUUUAUUUACUGUAUGUUAGCUUAAAGCUGGGAAUAUAAGUGCAUUAAUCCGCCACUGAAGCGAUGGUAUGCAAAAAGUCUGUGUCCAAAAAAAAAAAACCAGAUAAAAAAAAAAAACAGAAAAAAAAAAAAAAACCCAGAAAAAAAAACCCUCCUUCCUUUGCAGGUGCGGGGCUUUGAUUUUUUCCCUUCUGUUUCUUUUGCAUUUUUUUUCCCCCUCCUCCUUAAUUUCCCCCGUGAGAAAUUCUUGCAUGACUCCUGACACACAAGGAUUUAAAACAAAAAGGCGUUUUCCUCCUCCCCCUCCACGUUUAUCGUUCUGGGAUUCUGUUCUGCAUUUGUAAACUUAACAGAUGUAUUUUUUUUUUUUUUAAUUUUUUUC